AUGUUAGGCUUCCCAAUGGAUACCACACUGAUCGCUGUGGACUCGGCCUUCGUGAUCAUGUUUGCUGUGAUGGCCACGGCUGGGUUGAUAGCCGAUUUAUAUCUGUCACGUUAUACCGUGAUUCUAUAUAGUAUCAGCUUUCUGAUGCUGGCACUAACUAUGGUGUUUAUUUCAUCAACACCGUUGGCGUUUGAGGACUAUCCGUUGAACCCCAAGCCUUGGGCCAAGGUGCUUGCUCUGUCAGGUUCAUUGCUGGCCCCGCUAUCUGCGUCCUGGCUGAAGGUGGUGACUCUGCCGUUCGCUCUGGACCAACGUCUGCACAAACCAGGCAGCGACACCAAUGACACCACACAGGCCUGGUUCCUUAUUAGUAAUGUAGGUAGCUUGCUGGCUUUGAUCGCACUCCCUAUAACACACCACCUGCCGCCGCUCAUACCCGGUACUGAGGAGGGCUCGUCCUUCUGGCUGACCUAUUUAGUGGUCCUGUGUGUGAUUCUGUCUGCGUUGGCGUUGUUUUUGCUGCCGCGAAAGCAUUACAUCAAGCGCAAACCGAGGAAAGCUGCCGUGUUGAGGUUCUACGAAUGUCUGCGUAUGGCCUGGCACAACCGCAACCUGAGUGCUGUAUUGAUCCCCCGCCGAGAGCCUCCGCCAAUUCUCAGAGGCACAGCCACCGACGACAGCAAGGGCAAAGCAGAGGCAACCCAUGACCACCCAGACACCUCCGAGCCAGUACGUGAGGAUAUCAUCCAGCACCACUUCCUAUACAAAUCACUUAUCGAGCGACGGGUGGAGCUGGACGGGCCGGUGCUGUCAGACACCAAGUUCACUACGGAGGAGAUCGACCUGUACGCACGUUUCCUGGACGGCAAUAAGGUGUAUGUGUACGCCAUUAUGUUCUGGUUGGGGUGCCAGGGUGCGUGGAUCAUCCCGCAGGUGGUGCUGUGGUGCGACGGGCCGGCGCAGAACGUCUUCUCGGCCGAUCAGUUCACGACCUUCAUCACGGUGGGUGUGAUGGUGGUAGCGGUGGCCACCUACUGCACCCCCCUCAAAGAUGUGCACCCCAUCAAGCGCAUACAGUUUGGCUUCUUCGUGCAGUUUGUGGCUAACCUGUGGACACACUUUGUGCUGCGCGCGAUCAACCAGGCGGGUAGCUACACAGCCGAUGAGACGUACGUCGUCAACAGCGGCCAGGAGAUGGUGUCUGUGUGGUGGCUCAUGCCGGCCUGCUUGCUGUACGGUGUGGCUGUGGCUUUCAUUGAGUUGGGUCUGUUCGAGUACGCCACCCGGGAUACGAUCUGGUACAUGCGCAGUGUGGCCGGGGGGAUGAUCAGCUUCUACCAUAUGAUUGCGGGGUUGACAGUGAUCCCUGUGGUGGUGUUCUACUCACGGCCUGAGCACCUAUCGGGGAUGGUGGGGCUGAUGGCGUUGAUGGACUUUGUAGGCAUAUUCCUGUUCCGCUACACAAGCAGGGAACUGCUGAAACGGCCGCUGUUGCAGGAGAAUGAGCUGCAGGAUAUGGAGGUCAGCGACAAACUCCAGGGAGAAAAGAACCUGUGAGAACACCCCCCCCCCCAAACACACCCCCAAACACCCCCAACACCCCACUCUCGAAGCAAGCACGCCGGAGAUAUAGAGUAAACAAACCAAUAGAAAAUAAAC